AUGCCUCCUCUCAGAUCUAUUCCCGCAGCCAAGCCCGUCAAGACGGAGCGUACCCACGAAGAGAACCAGGAGAGAGCUUACAUUGCUGCCUCUCGCCGCAGUGACCGUAGUCUCGAAGCUAGAGUCGAGUCAGCCCGCCGUGCUUCCGAGAUUCACAAGAGACGCACUGGCAGAUCGCUCCGCGUAACAGAGCAAGAUGUCAUCAACGAGGAGAUGUACGAGGAGGAGGAUGACGACCUGCCCAUGCAGUACCGUCGUCUCACAGCCCAUCUCCAGACCUCCAACGCCGACUUCGACCGCAGACUGGCUGCAUACUUGACCAACCACGUCGCUAUGCGUGCUGCUCUUGGUCAGACUAUGGGCGACCAGUACAACAACCAGCAAUACUCCAACGCCCCUCAGUUCGCCAACCAGCUCGGCCAAUUCCCUCAGUCGUUCCCCAACCCCAUGCUUCCCCCCCAGAUGGCCAACAGAUCACCUCAGAGCUUCCGUGCAUCGCCCUACCCUCAGCAGGCUUUCCGUCAGACCAUGCACGGCCGCUCGGCAUCCAUCGCCACGCCUCAGGAGCUGCAGAACAUGAACAACUACCCCCAGGUCCAAAGUCCCAACGCUACCUUUAUCAAGCCAGAGGACCGCCGCAUGUCUCUUCCUGUUCAAUCACAGCAGAACGCCGCCCCUUCACCGCCACACCUCACCGCUGCCUCGCGAACUUCAUCUUCUACUAGCCUUACCAACCUGAAGCACGAAGCUGCCAAGCAGGGCAAUGGUCAGACAUCACCGACAGGUCAGACCUCGCCUGCGGCAUACUCUGCUUCUUACAACCAGGUUUCGCCUGCCUUCGACCCCAGCAUGAUGAAUAUGAUGCCCUUCUCGACUUCGUUGCCUCAUGAGUCACAGCAGCUUCUUGGACCCGGAUUCGAUCAGAACGACGCUUUCUCGCAAAUGCUUAUGGGCGGCUACGGCCAACAGCAAUCUCAACCUUUCUACACUUACAACCCCAACCCAUCAAAGUUCAAGGGCGGCAGUCCUUGCUUCGACGGCAUCAACCAGACUCUCGCCCCCGGCAUGCUUGACACCAACAUGGACAAGUACCCAACGCCGAUGUCUGGUGUCGACUCUGCUCUUACGCCAUCAAACACAUUUGGAUUUGACAACUUCGACCCGCUCAAGGGUUUCUCUCACAACAAUGUGAGCGGCAUGACUACUCCCGGCGAGAACGAUUGGUCGAGUCUUCUCGACUCAAACGCUUGGGAGGAGCAGGCCUCGCAAUCUGCUGUCGCAAACUGA